AUGGAGAAAGUGUUUACAGUCAACAAUGUUGUGUUGAAUCGACGGGGGCUGCAUAUUUUGGGAACACUCAUUUUAUCGUCGUAUCACUUGGUAUUCACUUUUCAAUCGCCCACUACCGAUACAAAUACUAGUACAAAUACUAGUACUAGUACUAAUACAGCAACUAAUUCUAAUACUUCUGCCACACCAUCAUCAAUAGUGGCUCAAAAGCCUCCACCACAAAAAGAGAUCUGGAUAUGCUAUCCAAUAAUUGAACGAAUAUCGAAAGCUCGCGGAUCUACUUGGUUGAAUAACAACCCAUCUAAUGAUAGUAACGACCGUCAUUCGUCGUCAAACUCGUUGCGGAAAAGUAUAGGCUCUACAGCCCCGAAAUUUGAAGGGUUUGACAAUUAUAGUGCUUCGCAUAUUAGAUUGCAAUGUAAGGACUUUACAUACUUUUCUUUUGAUUUCAAAAAUGACUUGAUAUGCUGUGAGGUGUUUAAUAAGAUGAGCUCAUUGAUCACGAGGAGCAAGGUUGAAAACAGCAACAACAAUAACAACAACAACAACAACAACAACAACAAUAGCCUCAAACUGUUCUAUGCGUACUCGUACGUGCCUAAUAGUAUUGAACAAAACCUACCAGUGAAAGGUUGGGACUUGUAUGACCCUUUUGAAGAAUACGACAGGCUAGGACUUCUACCCAAAGAUGGAAAGUUCUGGCAGGUGACAAACAUUAAUGAAGAUUACAAAUUUUGUCCUUCGUAUCCGCGGUAUAUGAUUGUUCCCGGGUCAAUAUCCGAUAAUGUCUUGAAACAUGCUGGGAAGUUUAGAUCAAAGCAAAGAAUUCCUGCCGUGGUGUACAAACACAAGGGUAAUGUUAACGGGAAUGUUAUUGCUCGAUGUGCGCAACCUUUGGUUGGUCUCAAUUUGCAGAACCGAUCUAUACAAGACGAGAAGUUAAUUGGAGAGAUUUUCCACUCGCAAGAGUUGGAGAGAAACUCAAGAAUCGCAGCAACAGCUGAGGAUAGUGAGAAUAAUGAUAGGGACAGCGAUAGUGAUGUCGAGUACCAGUCGCAACAGCCACAACGUAAUUUGCUUGUUGACCUUCGACCAAUCACCAACGCGAUGGCUCAACAUGCCUUGGGAGCUGGUACCGAAAAUGUCGACAAUUACAGAAACAAAAAAUUGCAUAGCGAUGCGUAUAGCAAAGACAAUGGACAUGGAAAUGGUAACUCAUUAAAUACCACGCGACAUGUUAGGCAAGUGGAUAAAAUAUUUUGUAACAUUGAUAAUAUCCAUGUUGUACGAGACUCUUUGAAUAAGUUGACUACGAUACUUAAUGAUCUUGAUAAAUAUCUGCCGCCUCAAGCGUCGCUAUUGCCGGCACAAAAUCAAUCGUCAAAGGCAUUAACAAAGACCCAGUGGUUGCAUAGACUUUCCAUUAUCCUUCAAUCGGUUGAUCGAAUAAUCAAAUCCAUUCAUUUAAACAACACAAAUGUGAUUAUUCAUUGUUCUGAUGGUUGGGAUAGGACUUCACAAGUAUCUGCACUAGCGCAACUAUGCCUUGACCCGUAUUAUAGAACAACAAGGGGGUUUAUGAUUCUUAUUGAGAAGGAAUGGGGUAGUUUUGGUUUCAAGUUUAAAACAAGGGCUGAUCAUGGUGGCUGCAUAGGCGCUGUUACAAAAAAGGAAAAGUACACGUACCCUGGUCCCAACUCCGCCAAUACUAGUACUAGUACUACUACUCCUACUAGUACUACUAAUACAAACCAUACCGAAUUGGAACAAUCUGAAUCGGUGACUGGGGGUCAAUCAUUGUUGGAAACACAGUUGCUACCUGAAAAUUCCACAAUGUUGGACAGUAAACCACUCGCCGACUUUUCUAGUAAUGCAGCUGCUAGCGUGUCAUCGUUUUUCCAAAAAGCAGCCAAAGCAGCUCGCGAUUUGAAGAACACGGCACAAAAUGGAUUGUCAAAUUUUCCAGUAGACGAGUUUGGUGAUUCCUUUAUUAAGGAUCUGGCUUCAAACAAGACGCUGUCGAGUAUAUCUUUUUCAUCAAGCACAUAUAGUGGCAGUAGCGAAAGGUCACCAGUUUUCCAUCAAUUCCUUGAUUGCAUCUAUCAGAUAUACCGCCAAAAGCCCAGUUGUUUUGAAUUUAAUUCACGUUUUUUGAAGAGGUUGCUUUACCAUUAUUAUUCGUGCCAAUAUGGGUCGUUUUUGUGCGACUCGGAGAGGGAAAUGAGGCAAGUUUAUAAAGUUGAUGAGUCUACAGUUUCAGUUUGGGACUACUUCAACUCAAGACCGCAAGAGUUUAAAAACCCUUUAUAUGCAGGUAACCAGCUGACACAAGCACAAAUACAAGCAAAGAUUGGCGAAUUCGCAGUUGAUGGCGAGGAUAGCGACGUCGUUAACAAUAAUAGUGAGAAUAACGGAGUAGUGUUUUUUAAUUCUGCCGACGUCAAGUGGUGGUUUGAAUUAUAUGGUCGCACCGAUGAAGAGAUGAAUGGGCUAUCAAAUUCAUUGGAACGUAAAUUUGCUCGAAUGGCAACAAAAUGA